CUUCCCUUCCCAACGACACAUGAUAAUGGCGCCCGCCCUGGGAAAACGAAAGCGCGUAUCGCGCGCAGAGCUUGAGCGACCGUCUCGGUCGUCGUCGCCUGCUUCAGACGACAAUGACUCCGGUGCAGAGGACCUACAGGCCAUAUUCCGGCGGGCGUUCGAGGCCAAGUUCAAGCCUCUGGCCGUGGAGCCCAAGAAGCAGAAGGUGGAAGAGCCAGUAGUACAAGAAGACGACGACGACGACGAGGAAGAGUCAGACUGGUCUGGCAUCAGCGAGGACGAAGCAGACAAAGUGGAGAUCGUCGAGUACACAGGCUCACGGCGCGAACGAGACGAGACGUCCAGAGCCGAACUAAAAGCCUUCAUGUCGUCCAAACCGCCCACAUCAGCAAUAGCAGCACCCUCCACAACCAAUACCACGGGCAAGAAGAAAGAAGACGACGACGUCAACGAAACAACAAAUCUUAAACACGACAUGGCCCUCCAGAAACUCCUCCGCGAAUCGCAUCUCCUCUCCGCCUCGUCGUCAGGAACAUCAACCCCCGCGCUGAGCACCACGGGCAUCGCGCGCCACAAGUCUGCCGACCUACAUUUGCAGUCCCUGGGCGCCAAGUCGUCCGUCUUCGCGCAGAAAAAGAUGCCCAUGUCGCAGCGCAAGCACAUGAUCCAGAAAGCGCGGACAACCGAGGAGAAGCGGAGAGCAGAGGCCAAGGAGGCAGGCAUUGUGCUGGAAGUGGAGAAGAAGUUUGGGAGAAAGGACGUGGAUCGGAAGAGGGAGAGGGGUGUUGGUGGCCCGAGUAUUGGCAAGUUCAGGGGCGGGACGCUGAGUUUGAGUAAGAAGGAUGUGAGGAGUCUUACUGGUGGGGGUGGAGCGAAGGGGAAGGGGAAAGGCAAAGGGAAGGGAAUGAAGGGUAAGCGGUGAGAUGUAGGCACUCAUUUGCUAAAUGACCGACGUUCCCUCCGUGGCUAAUAUCCCACGCGAGCCUGCGUUUUCAAAGAGAGUGAACGCACAGAACUUGCUUGGUUUCCAUGUCUAUAAAAAUAGCAAUAAUACUCAGCGGAGAGCAACCAUAUCCAGGAUCAACCAGCCACAGACUUCCACGUCACGAGCACAAUAGAGGGGGAGCAGAUGAGCAUCUGGCAGAAAGGGAGAAUGCUAAAGUUCAAACUGAAAGACUACGGAACUAAGCAAGGACAUCUUAAGUCGAUAUAAGUUGCAAAUACUUCAAGAUGGAAUAUAUAUGAGGUUGCCUCUCGGUUGAUCGAAAUACCAGGAACCAAGGUGCAGCGAAAUCAUGCAAUAGCUUGACAAUUACAACUGUAUUUAGUGUAGAAAUCGUAUACUUAAGUUUUCAACUGUAUACGUCUCGCGUACACAUCCUG